GAGGAGCAUCUCGUGCAGAUGCACCGUUUCGCGCGGUAAAUAGCAGUCCCUGCCAUAUAAAAAGAAAUAAACUAUGAAAAGUGAUAGUAACUGUCUACUGAAUAUAUGCAAGCAUAGUAAUUCGUCCAUAAUUUUAAGUUGCUUAUACGACACGUUGUCCCGAAAUACUGAUUGAAAUUAUGACCAACUGAGUCUCCAUGCGAAGUGGAAAUAGAGGAAGCAAUUAGUGAAACUAUGUGAACGUUACCACCUGUUAUUCUUUGAUAUAUAAUGUGUACUAUAUAUAGCAGCAGACAUUAAUUACUUCAUACUUCCGAACCAAUAUAAAGAUUUAAUGGAUUUGAAAGGUAUUAAUACUUCUAACUGGUGGAUUCUAUUCGGUGUUUUAGUAAUCAUCCCAGGUUCGACAUUGAAUGUUAUCGAGAGGGCAGCAGGGACGGCCGAAAAAGCCAUUUCAACUACUUCAAUACCGCUGGUAUUAAAACCAGUUGUGCCAGCUGAUGUGGAAGUAAAGAUAAAGAAAAACAGUUUAAAAACGUAUCGAAAAGCUAAAGAAAUUUCUAUAGCCAUUACCUCCCGUGCAAUGAAUUCGAAAGAGUCGAAGACAGUGCCAACACUAGCGCGGCAACUAAGUUUGGAUAAUGGAGUGAAAGUAAAGCCAUCACUGACAUCAUUAACAAUGAAACGGCAAGAAAAAGAGGAAUUAUCUCGUCAAGGCGUUCAAGGAAACAUACAUAAAGCGCCUGAAGAUGUUAAAUUUUCUAUUAUCCCUACAACAACAUUAACUAAGGCAUUAAUAAACCACAAGACAAAAGGAUCUUUAAGUUUGACAGAGACUGUCGGAAAGUUUAGAGAAUCAACAACAGAAAUGACAUCAAAAACAAUUGCGACCAUAAGAAAUUCAUCAGCAAAAGUGGCACCUGCUACGAAAAAGCUGACAUCUCCAUCUCCAACGCAGUCAGAGGUCAAAUUAUUUCCGUUAUCUAGUAUAAAUAACGAAUACGAACAACCGAGUCCCCAAAAUACGACUGAUAUCAGACAUCCCUACAGAGAUUACAAUAUUAAAAAUAAAGAAAAAUGUAAUUACAAUUACGACUACGACAAAAAAUUAUUGGUUCGAAAAGUUGAUGACGACAACCGCAUUGUAGAUGAACAUGAUACCAACCAUAUUUGUAGCCUAUAUCAGCAUAUACUACAGACACUACAGCGUCACACUUUCCCCCUGCAGCGGACCCAACCUCAGAGAGAUAGCCCACACAGUAAUGACUACCACUUAAAUAAUAGCAAUAGCAAGUCGCCGAAACAGCAAACACAUUCGGUGAGGAAAAUUCGUCAACAACGCACUCGUCAAGUGAAGCAACAACAAUUAAAUUUAACAGCAAUCGCACCAGUUAGAGCAAUGAAAGUUGUGCCAGAAACCGAAAACCAUUUGAUCGGCAAUGACACCGACUUUAAAAUAAUCAUGGUGUUUUCUAACCAAACAGUAAAAAAUAAAACUGAUCCUUCACGAAAUUCGAAUAUUGUGCCGACGAUUCUAACAACUAGACCUUAUUCGGACACAACUUUUGGUCUUGCUUUUGACCAAGAAAUUGUACACACCACAACUAAAGAGUUUCAGUUUCAAACGGUAUCACCAACAACAACGAAAGCAAGGACGAAUCGACCUCCACUAACAACAACACCACGGCCUAUUCCAUCCAUCGACGACCACCAAACGGUGAUCAGUCAGGCUGGCACACAUGCCUAUCUCCCCUGUAAUGUGAAGCAGAUCCUGAGAAAACCGAUAUCCUGGUUACGAAUACGAGAUGGACACAUUUUAACAGUUGAUCAGACGACUUUCAUAGCUGACCAAAGAUUCCAGCCAAUUUUCGCACCGAAACCUGAUCGUUGGUCACUACAAAUCAAAUAUGUUCAACUUAAAGACGAAGGUACCUACGAAUGUCAGGUAUCUACGGAGCCGAAGUCGAGUGCCAUCGUCACAUUGCGGGUAGUUGAAGCGAAAACGGAAUUGAUAGGUGAACCCACGCAACACGUCAAGGCUGGCAGUCAAGUGAAGCUGCGUUGCAUAAUUAGCCAGGCAUUGGACCCGCCAGUUUUUAUUAAUUGGUUCCAUAAUCAUAAGCAGAUUUAUUUGCAUAGCCGAAGGGGUUGGCGCACAGAAAUCGAACGCAUCGAAUGGCCUUUACACGAUUUCUCAACGACCGCGGAAGCAACAACAUCAACGGCCCAAGGCGAUAGUGCAACGACAACUACUCCACCAUUCGAUACUGCUGCUGCCGCAUCAGCAAAGCCCAAAGCACCAGUCUUGGCUACCAACUUUGAAAAUGAAGAGAACAGCACACCAGUAGUCCAAACGUCUGUCAGGGAUGCAAAAUUGACAACAGGAACGCCCUCGACCACUUUACCAAUUUCUCGAUUAGGUACAGACGUCGCGAUGGAUUUAGCGGACAGCGACGGUGGCUUUGAUUUUGGCACAGAUAACUCCACUUUGUCCUUUCUCCCCACCGUAGCGGCGGCAGUGGACAUCGUGCCAGCAGUAGUGCCAACCAAAGUAAAGACGACUCAUUGUCCGACAACUACAUUAACAAUAACAACAACGAUUACAAUGUUGGCAGCAGUAAAAGUACGAGAUGUAACGGCUGCAUCUUUAAUAAUACCAUCCGUGGAGAAAAAUGAUUCCGGCAAUUACACCUGCAGCCCAUCUAACAGUGCUCCCAAAACAGUUGUCCUUCACGUACUGAAUGGCGAGUACUCGGCAUCGGCGAUAACGUCUGGGGUUAAUGAUAGGAUUAGGAUUACAAACCAAUGUAAGUGGCGAGAAAUAAUCUUAGCUCUGAUAAUUUGGCAGUGGCACCAAAAAUUCACUGCAUUUUUACGCCAUUGCGAAUACUUUUAUCGAGCAGAACGAUGGAUUCACGUGGACUCCACUAACCUCUGUUGAAUAACGAAUACAGAGUAUAAGAUUUAAUCGACUUAAGAGAUAUUCACAGAGAAUAAUAUCAACUUGGCAAAUAACAUACAAUAUGCAUUUUAGUGAUAGUAACCUCAUCGUUAAAUUAAUAUGUAAACGAUUUGAUUUUCGCUUCUGAAGACUUCGAAUAAUGAUAAUAAUAAAAGGAAAAUAAAAUUUAAUGGAUCUUAUAAACAUAUCUAAUAUAAAUCAGUAAUGACAGUCAAAUGUCUUCCACCUUGAAAAUUAAUUUUAUCUAACCGUUUUUUUUUUUUUUAUUUUUAAAACAUGAUUUAGGUUUUCUAUUUUAUAUUGUAGAAUUUUGACUGAUUGUAAGUAUAGAAAAUUGUAAAUAAAACAUUGCCAAGUAAAAUAAGUUUAGACUGAGAUUUUAAAUAUGUAAUAUUAUAUUUCAAUUUAUAUUGUAAUGCAAUUUAAAGGUUAUUUUCUAAUAUGAGAAAAAUUAAAUCGAUAAAAUAAUGAUAUUUAUAUAGUAUAUUUGCCCGAUUUGUCAAGCAGGUAGAAGAAGCAUUUCGGUUUCUAAGUAUACGAUCAUAAUUAAAAAUGGUUAAGGGCAAAAAAGGUAUGUUUGUUAUCCACAGUAUCAGAUGCUAACAAUGUGUUUGUGCCACAAUAUAUUUAUUACUGUUUAUUACGGGAAAACAAUAAAUCUAAAUUAUACAACGGAUAAAUUGAAACAUUUAUGUGCCAAUGCCACUAAAAAUUUGUUUAAUAAAAUCUAGCCAUUAAAAUAAAGAGUAUUUCUAAAAAAGCGUGGGAGAAUUUUGUUUAUAAAUAUUACAAUUAUGUUUGUUCGUACAGUAUUAAAAAGCUCUACAAGUGCACCUGCGUCCUAGUUGAAAUCGCUUUUAAUAUAACAUAACAAAAUACAAUGUUUGACUCUCAAUUGAUAAUUAAAAUUUAGAAGAGCAGAGGAAA